AUGGGGAACGCGAAGCCUGCGCGGCGGCCUCGGGGCUCGCAGCCUGCGCCGCGGGGCGGCGACGGCGCCAAGUGCGGGGUCACGGACGACGAGACCCAGCUCGCCGGGGACGCGGGGCCGGAGGACGAGGACGCCGGGACGCAGUGGCCGCCGCGGGACGCCGCGCCGCCGCGGGGGGCCCAGCCGACAGGCACCGGUAGUGUAAGAAAGAAGCGGUUUGUGUCCAGCCACCGCUACGUGGAGACCAUGCUCGUGGCCGACCAGUCGAUGGCAGAGUUCCACGGCAGUGGCCUCAAGCACUACCUUCUCACCUUGUUCUCGGUGGCGGCCAGGCUGUACAAACACCCCAGCAUCCGCAACUCCGUGAGCCUGGUCGUCGUGAAGAUCCUCGUCAUCUAUGAGGAGCAGAAGGGGCCCGAGGUGACCUCCAAUGCCGCCCUCACUCUGCGGAACUUCUGUAACUGGCAGAAGCAGCACAACCCGCCCAGUGACCGGCACGCGGAGCACUAUGACACCGCCAUUCUUUUCACCAGACAGGACCUGUGUGGGGCCCAGACAUGUGACACCCUUGGGAUGGCCGAUGUCGGAACUAUAUGUGAUCCCACCAGAAGCUGCUCGGUCAUAGAAGACGAUGGCUUGCAGGCUGCCUUCACCACAGCUCAUGAACUAGGCCACGUGUUUAACAUGCCACACGACGAUGCGAAGCAGUGUGCCAACAUUAACGGUGUGGACCAGAAUUCCCACAUGAUGGCGUCAAUGCUUUCCAACCUGAACCACAACCAGCCUUGGUCUCCGUGCAGUGCCCACAUGAUUACAUCAUUCCUGGAUAAUGGUCAUGGGGAAUGUUUGAUGGACAAGCCCCAGAGCGCCCUGCAGCUCCCCUCUGACCUCCCGGGGACCCUGUAUGAUGCCAACCGGCAGUGCCAGUUUACCUUUGGGGAAGAGUCCAAACACUGCGCGGACGCAGCCAGCACUUGCACGACCCUCUGGUGCACGGGCGUCUCCGGCGGCUUGCUGGUGUGCCAGACCAAACACUUCCCUUGGGCAGAUGGCACCAGCUGUGGAGAAGGGAAAUGGUGUCUGAACGGCAAGUGUGUGAACAAGACGGACAAGAUGCAUUUCCAUACUCCUGUUCACGGAAGCUGGGGGCCGUGGGGACCCUGGGGAGACUGUUCGAGAACCUGUGGCGGAGGGGUUCAGUACACAAUGAGGGAAUGUGACAACCCGGUCCCCAAAAACGGAGGGAAGUACUGUGAAGGCAAGCGCGUGCGCUACAGGUCCUGUAACAUUGAAGAUUGUCCAGACAACAACGGAAAAACCUUCCGAGAGGAACAAUGUGAGGCCCACAAUGAGUUUUCUAAGGUUUCCUUCGGGAGCGGGCCGGCGGUGGAGUGGACGCCCAAGUACGCUGGAGUCUCGCCAAAAGACAGAUGCAAGCUGAUUUGUCAAGCCAAAGGCAUUGGUUUCUUCUUUGUCUUGCAGCCCAAGGUGGUUGACGGCACGCCAUGCAGCCCGGAUUCCACCUCUGUCUGCGUGCAAGGGCAGUGUGUCAAAGCUGGCUGUGAUCGUAUCAUAGACUCCAAAAAGAAGUUUGAUAAAUGUGGCAUUUGUGGAGGAAAUGGGUCUACGUGCAAGAAAACAUCAGGAUCAGUUACUAGCGCAAAACCUGGGUACCAUGACAUCGUCACGAUUCCUGCCGGGGCCACAAACAUCGAGGUGAAACAGCGGAAUCACAGGGGAUCCAGAAACAAUGGCAGCUAUCUUGCCAUCAAAGCUGCCGAUGGCACAUACAUCCUGAAUGGCGACUUCACUCUGUCCACGUUAGAGCAAGACAUUACCUACAAAGGGACAGUCUUGAGGUACAGUGGUUCCUCGGCCGCGCUGGAGAGAAUCCGCAGCUUCAGCCCUCUCAAGGAGCCCAUAACCAUCCAGGUCCUCACAGUGGGCAACGCCCUUCGCCCCAAGAUUAAAUACACCUAUUUUGUGAAGAAGAAGAAGGAGCCUUUCAAUGCCAUCCCUACCUUCUCAGAAUGGGUCAUCGAAGAGUGGGGCGAAUGUUCCAAGUCAUGCGGCCUGGGUUGGCAGCGGAGACUGGUGGAGUGCCGAGACCUUAAUGGGCAGCCCGCCUCGGAGUGUGCGAAGGAGGUGAAGCCAGCCAGCACCAGACCCUGUGCGGACGUGCCCUGCCCCCACUGGCAGCUAGGGGAGUGGUCGCCAUGUUCCAAGACUUGCGGGAAGGGUUACAAAAAGAGAACCUUGCAGUGUCUGUCCCACGAUGGGGGGGUGCUGUCUCAUGAGAGCUGCGAUCCUUUAAAGAAACCGAAGCACUACAUAGAUUUUUGUUCGAUGGCAGAAUGCAGUUAAGCAGGGAAGGAUCGAGGGAAGGAUGAGUGUGGAAGGGCUGAUGCACUGACAUCGGGAAGGCGGGAGGGAUCCGGUGUACCUUGCCAGUGAUCAAUGGAGUGUCAAUGAGUUGAAAGUGUAGAGGUAGGUAGAAAAGUUAGGUCGGCAGAAUAUCCUGCCAGUUGCGAAUCUGAUAGGGUAGUUAAUGAGGGUUAUUAAUCUCUGAGCAAUGAUAUAGCAUGAUAAAGCCCUAGGGCAUUAUUACUAUUCCUUUUGUUACAUCUAUGACAACUUUAAAAAAAAAAUAGAAACGAUUGUGAAAAUUAGUUUAAGGAGUAUACAACCCCUGUUCUGUGGUACUGAUUCAAUACUUUGUGUCAUGGGGGUUGGAAGAAAGAUGAGAUUUUUAGCUGCAGACAAGGCUUACUUUACCUCACGAACAACGGAGGGAGAAAGGAGUGCCAACAGCAUCUUCCACCAGCACUGAUUGAUUAUGGCCGCUACUGUUUCUGAGAACACUUCCGCCAUCUUUCCUACCGAGAGUUAAGAAUGCAAGAUCCAUACCAAUUUGACAAUAAACUAUUAAAAAAAAAAAAGAAUGCAAGAUCAGAUCGUCCACCACCAGAGAAAUGCGACAUCAAGCGACUCAAAUGAACGCCGUCUUUACUCUCCUGUGCCAUUGUUGUGUCUCUAUUCGUGAUGUCGUUUUGACAAACAAUUUCACGUGUUUGUAAAAAUGAAUUAAGUCUGUGAGGAGUGGGGGGAAAAAGCAGCAAUGAGUCAGAUGCUAGUAAAAACCAGAGGAGACCAGAUCAAGACACACCUUCUCCUUUCUUUUCUGUUUAUGUAAGCCUACUUUCAGAAUGUGGCUGUUAAAAAAAAGUUUAUGUCUCAAGAAGGACUGGUUGAUCACACACAAAAGGAUUAAUGCCAGUAUAAGAAUGGGGGGGGUGUAGAAUGGGAUCCCAGUGUUUUGGAACACAGAGGUCACUUGUCUCGCAGUGGGGAGGCUACUGAGGGGUAGCGGGUCCAUCCCCAGCAGCUGGUCCAACAGUCAUAUCCUGGUGAAUGUCUGUUCAGCUCUUCUACUAUGAAAGAGAAUAGGACUUUUUUUUCCCAUAUGUAUGUAGUAAAAUAUGUUACUAUAAAUUCUAUGUACUUUAUAAGUAUUUGUGUGUUCCUUCUAAGAAGGACUAUAGUUUGUAAUAAAUGCCUAUAAUAACAUAUUUAUUUUUAUACAUUCCUUUCUAAUGAUAAAACUUUUAAGUUAUAUCGCUUUUGUAAAAGGGCAUAUAAGAAUAGAGUAUUUAUACAAUAUAUGUUACUAGAAAUAAUAAAAGAACACUUUUUGAAUGUGUGUGUCUAUUUUUUUUUAAUGAGAAUUAGCUCCUGGGAAGGAAAUCAGAGAGCCAAAAUUAAUCCUGUAGAAAUAAGAUUUCAUCCUGAUGAAAUGUACCUAAUGUCUCCUCAGUGUACAUGAUUGCUACAAAAAAGAAAAGAAACCUAUUGUAUCUUCAGUGGUUUAUAGGUUUUGUUACUAAUGCAAGAACAGGCACAGAUGGUGAGCAAAUGUUUUCUGUGAGGGGCCAUCUCUGUCAUAACUACAUACCUGUGCUGUGGUAGCAGGAAAGCAGCCAUAGACAAUACAAAAGCAAAGGGGCAUGGCGGUGUACUAAUAAAACUUUAUUUACAAAAACUGGA